AAAUCACAAAAAGGCAGGCCGCGCUCAGGUAGAUGCUGCAGAGGCUUCAAAAGGACAAGGCGAGAGUUGCUCACUUGUGUAGUUGUGCGCAUUUGUAACGCUGCCCACACAUCAGAGAGCCAGAGCCUAGUGGAGAAGAAGCCUCUGGGGCAGGUUCUCUGCGGCCUCUGCUUGCUUCGUCGAGCAAGCGAUUCAUCCUAGCCUUCAGAUCUUGUUUCGGGUUCAAGAAGUUGUGGGAGAUAGCUGUAGAGGAGGAGAAGGCGGCACUUCGGCGGCGCAAAGCUAUUCAGGAUUGCAGCAUCAUACGACCUCAGCUAUGAUCAAUUUUGUCUGAGAAAGAUUUCCUGCAAAGAAAUAGUAAAGCUUGUGGAGACAAGAACGCCAUUAUGACAAAGAAACACAAAAUUAGGAAAUCCAAGUAUCUUCUUGAGAGCAAAAAGGAUGUUGAUGAGAAUGUGGAGAACAUUUUGCGAAUGAUAGGAGAGGAGACCGAGCAGACUGAGAAUGAAAAAGAUGAUUAUGGAAAUCCUGUCAAGAAAUUAAAGCUGUCUUCCCUUGUGAGGGGCUUCCAUGAGGACUAUCAAUACCUUCACAAGCACUACAAGCAACUAAUUAGCAAACUAGAAAAUGUUGGCUACAAUUUCUCUGGUUCAGAUUCAUCUGAUUCAGACACAGAAGGAGACAGCUCAGACAAUGAUGUCACUGCACCAAAAGUAGCAGUGAAGGAAGAAAACAACCUAUACCAUAAGCCUACUGAGCAUCAUAACAUGGAAGCAGAGAUUGAGAAGCUGAAACAAAGUACAGAAGAACAGGCCAAGGAAAUAUCUGAUCUGAAGCAGCUAAUUGAUAAAGCAAUCAAAGAUAAAGAAGCUACAAGUUCAGAGAUUGCAAAUUUGUCAUCUGAGAAUGAAAAUAUGAAAUUGUUAGUUGAAACUGCAAAAAGGGAGGAAGGAAAAUUGCUUAACACCGUAAAAUCCAAGGAGACUGAGGUCACAACAUUGUCUUGUGAGAAGAAGAUUAUUGAAGAAGAGAGAGAUAACCUGAAGAUGUUAAUUGUAGACAUGGAGAAGGAGAAGGAAGAUCUGAGGAAUAAGCUGAAUGAAACAAUGGACAAAUGCAACCUCCUAUCAGCAGAAGUUGAGAAGGCCCAACAGGCUGAGAAAGAAGUGCAGACCUUGUUGGAAGAAAACCAGAAGCUGAAGAAUGAUAACUUGAUGCUAUUGGUUGAGCAUGAUAACCUGAAAGCACUUCAUCAGAAUUUAGAUGUUGAGUGCUUUCAACUGAAGGCAGCCAUUGCAGAAAUCACCGCUAAAAAUGAAUCCUUGAUCACAGAAAAUCAUUCAGCUGAAAGAAAACUCCAGCAACUGGGGUUAGAGAUAGAAGGCCUUAAAGUGGAGGCCGCAGAGCUAAUGAACAAUCUGGACAAGGAGCGUCGUACUGCAGCAGAAGAAAAAGAAAGACUAGUAUCAGAAAAUUCAAUGUACUUGAAUGAGUUAGAGAAGGCACAGUCUAGUGUUAAAGCUCUAGAAAACGAACUGAAAUCAACAAUAAAUGUUAUGAAUAGUAAUAUUGCCGAGCUACAGAAAGAUAAUGAUUCUGCCACAUCAGAGAUAGAGCAGCUAGAGGCUUCUUUGAUGAAUCUUAAGACUGAGCUAGCACAACAACUUGAGCGGAUUUCAGAUAUGCAGAAGACUAAUGAAGGCCUGGAGCUGGCAAAUUCUAACCUGCAUAAUGAAAUUGUUGAAUUACAAGGACAAAAAAAUGAAGCUGCUGCUUCAGUUAUUAAUCUUGAGAGCAAGUUAGAACAACAAGUCCAAGAGAUUUCAAAUCUUCUGGAGGCCAACAAAGACCUCAAAGCAGCCAAGACUGAUCUGUAUAAUGAGGUUACAAUACUGCAAGAGGAGAAAAAUACAGCACUCACUCAGUUACAGCAAUCAGAGGCUAACAUUAAGAAACUUCAAAGUGACCUGGUACAACAGCAAAAUCAAAUUUCACUUUUCCAGCGAGAAAAUGAAGAGCUGCAGAAUACAAAUUCUAGUUUACACAAGCAACUUGAAGAGAUAAGGACUACUCUGCAAGAUGAGAUCAUUGUGCUACAAGGAGAGAAGGAAGAGGCCAUUAACAACUUACAUCAGUCAAAUGAUUCAGUCAAGACCUUAGGAGCUCAGUUAAAGCAGGCAGUUGAACAAAUUUCUGUUCUGCAGCUUGCUAAUGAAGACCUACAAAAUAGUAACUCACAGUUGAAGAUGCAACAAGAACAGGCGAAGUUUAGUCACCAAGCUGAAAUAUUAGCACAACAAGAUGAAAAGAACAAAAUAAUUUCAGAUCUGCAGCAGUCUGAGGCUUCUAUUAAGAAUCUUGUAAGUAAUAUUGCCGAGCUACAAAAGGAUAAUGAUUCUGCGACAUCAGAGAUAGAGCAGCUAGAGAUUUCUUUGAUGAAUCUUAAGACUGAGCUAGCACAACAACUUGAGAGGAUUUCAGAUAUGCAGAAGACUAAUGAAGGCCUGGAACUAGCAAAUUCUAACCUGCAUAAUGAAAUUGUAGAAUUACAAGGACAAAAAAAUGAAGCUGCUGCUUCUGUUAUUAAUCUUGAGAGCAAGUUAGAACAACAAGUCCAAGAGAUUUCAAAUCUUCAGGAAGCCAACAAAGACCUCAAAGCAGCCAAGACAGAUCUGUAUAAUGAGGUUACGACACUGCAAGAGGAGAAAAAUACAGCACUCGCUCAGUUACAGGAAUCAGAGGCUAACAUCAAGAAACUUCAAAGUGACCUGGUACAGCAGCAGAACCAAAUUUCACAUUUCCAGCGAGAAAAUGAAGAGCUGCAGAGUACAAAUUCUAGUUUACACAAGCAACUUGAAGAGAUAAGAACUAAUCUGCAAGAUGAGAUCAUUGUGCUACAAGGAGUGAAGGAAGAGGCCAUUAAUAGCUUACAGAAGUCAAAUGAUUCAGUCAAGACCCUUGGAGUUCUGUUAGACCAGCGAGUGGAACAAAUUUCUGACCUGCAGCUUGCUAAUGAAGACCUACAAAAUAGUAACUCCAAGUUGAAGAUGCAACUGGAAGAGGCGAAGUUUAGUCACCAAGCUGAAAUAUUAGCACUACAAGAUGAAAAGAACAAAAUAAUUUCAGAUCUGCAGCAGUCUGAGGCUUCUAUCCAGAAUCUUGUAAGUAAUAUUUCCGAGCUACAGAAAGAUAAUGAUUGUGCCACCUCAAAGAUAGAGCAGCUAGAGGCUUCUUUGAUGAAUCUUAAAACUGAGCUAGCACAACAGAUUGAGAGCAUUUCAGAUAUGCAGAAGACUAAUGAAGGUCUGGAGCUUGCAAAUUCUAACCUACAUAAUGAAAUGGUAGAAUUACAAGGACAAAAAAAUGAAGCUGCUGCUUCAGUUAUUAAUCUUGAGAGCAAGUUAGAACAACAAGUCCAAGAGAUUUCAAAACUUCAGGAGGCCAACAAAGACCUCGAAGCAGGAAAGAGCGAUCUGUAUAAUGAGGUUAUGGCACUGCAAGCGGAGAAAAAUGCAGCACUCGCUCAGUUACAGCAAUCAGAGGCUAACAUCAAGGAACUUCAAAGUGACAUGGUACAGCAGCAAAACCAAAUUUUACUUUUCCAGCGAGAAAAUGAAGAGCUGCAGAGUACAAAUUCUAGGUUACACAAGCAACUUGAAGAGAUAAGGACUAAUCUGCAAGAUGAGAUCAUUGUGCUACAAGGAGAGAAGGAAGAGGCCAUUAACAACUUACAUCAGUCCAAUGAUUCAGUCAAGACGUUAGGAGCUCAGUUAGAGCAGGCAGUUGAACAAAUUUCUGUUCUGCAGCUUGCUAAUGAAGACCUACAAAAUAGUAACUCACAGUUGAAGAUGCAACAAGAACAGGCGAAGUUUAUUCACCAAGCUGAAAUAUUAGCACAACAAGAUGAAAAGAACAAAAUAAUUUCAGAUCUGCAGCAGUCUGAGGCUUCUAUCAAGAAUCUUGUAAGUAAUAUUGCCGAGCUACAGAAGGAUAAUGAUUCUGCCACGUCAGAGAUAGAGCAGCUAGAGGCUUCUUUGAUGAAUCUUAAGACUGAGCUAGCACAACAACUUGAGCGGAUUUCAGAUAUGCAGAAGACUAAUGAAGGCCUGGAGCUGGCAAAUUCUAACCUGCAUAAUGAAAUUGUAGAAUUACAUGGACAAAAAAAUGAAGCUGCUGAUUCUGUUAUUAAUCUUGAGAGCAAGUUAGAACAACAAGUCCAAGAGAUUUCAAAUCUUCAGAAAGCCAACAAAGACCUUAAAGCAGCUAAGACUGACCUGUAUAAUGAGAUUACGGCACUGCAAGAGGAGAAAAAUGCAGCACUCGCCCAGUUACAGGAAUCAGAGGCUAACAUCAAGAAACUUCAAAGUGACCUGGUACAGCAGCAAAACCAAAUUUCAUAUUUCCAGCGAGAAAAUGAAGAGCUGCAGAGUACAAAUUCUAGUUUACACAAGCAACUUGAAGAGAUAAGGACUAAUCUGGAAGAUGAGAUCAUUGUGCUACAAGGAGUGAAGGAAGAGGCCAUUAAUAGCUUACAGAAGUCAAAUGAUUCACUCAAGACCCUUGGAGUUCUGUUAGACCAGCGAGUUGAACAAAUUUCUGACCUGCAGCUUGCUAAUGAAGACCUACAAAAAAGUAACUCCAAGUUGAAGAUGCAACUGGAAGAGGCGAAGUUUAGUCACCAAGCUGAAAUAUUAGCACUACAAGAUGAAAAGAACAAAAUAAUUUCAGAUCUGCAGCAGUCUGAGGCUUCUAUCAAGAUUCUUGUAAGUAAUAUUGCCGAGCUACAGAAGGAUAAUGAUUCUGCCAUGUCAGAGAUAGAGCAGCUAGAGGCUUCUUUGAUGAAUCUUAAGACUGAGCUAGCACAACAACUUGAGAGGAUUUCAGAUAUGCAGAAGACUAAUGAAGGCCUGGAGCUGGCAAAUUCUAACCUGCAUAAUGAAAUUGUUGAAUUACAAGGACAAAAAAAUGAACCUGCUACUUCUGUUAUUAAUCUUGAGAGCAAGUUAGAACAACAAGUCCAAGAGAUUUCAAAACUUCAGGAGGCCAAUAAAGACCUCGAAGCAGGAAAGACUGAUCUGUAUAAUGAGGUUAUGGCACUGCAAGCGGAGAAAAAUGCAGCACUCGCUCAGUUACAGCAAUCAGAGGCUAACAUCAAGGAACUUCAAAGUGACAUGGUACAACAGCAAAACCAAAUUUUACAUUUCCAGCGAGAAAAUGAAGAGAUGCAGAGUACAAAUUCUAGGUUACACAAGCAACUUGAAGAGAUAAGGACUAAUCUGCAAGAUGAGAUUAUUGUGCUACAAGGAGAGAAGGAAGAGGCCAUUAACAGCUUACAUCAGUCAAAUGAUUCAGUCAAGACCUUAAGAGUUCAGUUAGAGCAGCAAGUUGAACAAAUUUCUGUUCUGCAGCUUGCUAAUGAAGACCUACAAAAUAUUAACUCACGGUUGAAGAUGCAACUAGAAGAGGCGAAGUGUAGUCACCAAGCUGAAAUAUUAGCACUACAAGAUGAAAAGAACAAAAUAAUUUCAGAUCUGCAGCAGUCUGAGGCUUCUAUCAAGAAUCUUAGAAUUGAAUUGAAGCAAGGAAAAGAGCAAAUCUCAGAAAUGAAUCUAUCUAAUGAAGAUCUGACGAACAACAUUGCUAUAUUGAACAAGCAAUUGGAGGAGGUCAGGAGCAGUUUGCAUGCUGAAAUUGCACAACUACAAGCAGAGAAGGGCAUAGUUCUAUCAGAGUUACAGGUGUCUCAGGCUUCUGUCAGAAACUUGGAGAGUGUGCUAGAAAAGCAGAGUGAGAAGAUUUCAACUCUGGAUCAAGCUAAUGAUCAGUUACAGAAGAACAUAUGUACCUUGACUGAGCAAUCAGAACAAACCAAGGCUGAGCUGCAGAAGGAGGUUGAGGCAACACAAGAAGAGAAGGAUACAGCACUAACACAACUAAAGCAGUCACAGACUUCAGUACAAAAUCUUGAGAAUGAGGUGACACGACUGAAAGAGGAUCUUUCAGUUCAGCUAGAAAGCAAUUCCACCUUGGACAAGCAGUUGGAAGAAGUCAGGAGCAGUACGCAUGCUGAAAUUGCAGAACUACGUGCAGAGAAGGACGCAACGCUAUUGGAGUUACAGACGUCUCAGGCUUCUGCCAGAAAUCUUGAGAUUGCCCUUCAAACCCAAAAUGAGAACAUUUCAACUCUACAGCAAGCUAAUGAUGAGUCACAAAAGAUCAUUUGUACUUUGACCGAGCAAUCAGAACAAGCCAAGGCUGAGCUGCAGCAGGAGGUUAAGGCUACACAAGAAGAGAAGGAUGCAGUGCUAACAAAGCUGAAGCAAUCAGAGGAUUCAGUACAAAAUCUUGCGAAUGAGGUGACACAGCUGAAAGAUGAACUUUCAGUUCAGCUGGAAAACAAUUCUACCUUGGAAAAGCAGUUGGAAGAGGCAAUACUAAAAGUAUCUAACCUACAUGAGAAUCUCGAGAAGGCUCAGGCUGAAGCAGCUUGUCAAAUUGAUGACAUGAGUACAAAAACAAAAGAUCUGGAGAAGACAAUCGAUCUAUUGUCUUGUCGAAAGACCAAGUUGGAGGAGGAUCUAAAAAUUAUGAUUAAAGCAUGCAUAGUAAACAUGUCAUUUAUGACAGAAUUUGAAGAUAGAGUUACACAAAAAAUUUCGGAUUAUGAGGCUGGACUUGUGGCUCUCCACCAGAGCCUGAAAGGGGUUACUAGCAGCUGUCAGAGGCUUCAGUAUGCAUAUGAUGAGGUGUCCUCGAGGGUGUCCCAGCUCGAGAUACUUAAGAGGAGUCAGAUUGAGGAGAUAGGUCAGCUAGAGGUGAAACACACAGAAACUUUGGAGAAACAUCGACUUCUGGAAGAGGAAAAUUUGUCUGCAAAUAAGGUGAACACAAAGCUACAAAAGCAUGUCCAAGACCUUGAAGUUCAACUCCAGCUAGCCAAGCAGAAGCUUAAAGUUACCGAGGCAGAAAGCAAAUGCAAAGAAGAUAGCUACGCAAUGGCAGUGGAGACAUCACAGGCAGAGAUCCAUCGCCUUGAACAACUAGUAAAGCAGUUUUCUGGAAGAGUCAGCUUGCUGGAAGAAACUCUCAUGCAAGUAAAAGGACAUGCCGUAUCAGGGGUCAAGGUCCUGAGGAAGAAGCUACAUGAUCAGCUUGAUGAACAGAAGGAACUUGUCAAGGAGAAUGAUGAGAUGUCUGUUAGGUUGAGAGAGAAAGAAAAGUUGGUGUCAGAAAUGGUGAAGAACUCAGUUGAAGCAGAAGCAAAGAUUGUCCAGCUCGAGAAGAUGGUGGCAGAGAAAGAAGAAGAGCUAGCAGCUAGAGUGCACAAAAAGAAGCCAAGAUUGUCCACUCUUUUUUUUCGUUUCAGAAAAAAGAGUGCAGGAGAAGAGAGAAGCCAUCAAGCAGCUGAGUGACGUGAUUGCUUAACAUAAGAACUAUAGCGAUGAUCUGGUGCGCUACAUCCGCAGUCACAAUCGCCCUCGCCUCCCAUUCUGUCUGUAAAUCUGAAUGUCAGUAAACGAUGUAAAGGCUUGUAUGUAUCAUAAAUAGGGCUGAAAUACUUUCUGGAAGUAAGCCAUACUGAGUGGCUUGUGCAUUCUAUUAGCAGAGAGAACUGCUACAGUAAUUAUUUUUUAUUCA